CUGAACCCUUUUGGCCUUUUCUACAAUUCUCAUCGCUCUCGCGUUUACACACACUAACACACACACAGUUGUUUUUGUUGUUGUUUGGGUCUUCUUUCGGUGAGUCUCUCUCUUUCUAUCUCUGUUUCUCUCUCUCUCUCUCUCUCUCUCCCCAAAGAUUUCAAAGAUUUCUCACAGAGUGGAGAAAGUGGGGGGGUUUUGUUGUGAAGGGGAGGGGGUUUAGAAUUCCAUGGGCUCAGGCCCACCGUAGGAAACCCCCUGCUCCUCUAUACCCCAGAUGUCGUCAUCUCUCUCCAACUCCAAGCGCAAGCUCGACGAUUAUGCUGCCGAUGACGCCCUUUCCCUUCUCCCCCUAAACCCUACGGCUACCAGGAUGCGCAAGGACCAGAACGCCCUCCCCUCCUCCUCCUCCAAUUCCCCUCCCUCCCCCCGCCCCCUCGCCUCCCGCCACCGAUCACCCUUUCUUGACUCUUCUCGCUCCCUCACUCGCCUCCAAUUUUUCGUCCGCAUACUCUCUGACUACACCCUCGUACUCCAUGCCGAUUCUUCCGACACAAUUAAAUCAAUUCACGAGAAAAUUCACUCGAUCACGGGUAUUCCCAUCAUCGAGCAGAGGUUGAUUUACCGGGGGAAACAGUUACAGUGGGAGCAGACCUUGGAUGAAUGUAUGGUUCAAAACGAUGCUGGUCUGCACUUGGUUGGCCGUAUGCGGAGCACGGAGCACCCUCAGGCCUGGCAGUUGAUCAACGAUGUUGUUUCCUUGAUUUUCUACCUCUACAAGAACAACCCUCCGCGGCCCCCGCCAUCACUUCUUGCUCUGUCGCCGCCUAAAACUGUGAAAUCAAUGCUUCUUGAAUUCUUGUCAAUGACUCCACGGAAUGACUCUGAUCAAGCGUCUGGGCAUCUUCAGAUUUUCAAUGCGUCUUCUGCACCCGCAGCACUGGUAAUGCUCUAUAUGUCUUCUCAUAGACCUAACAAGGAGGCUGCAGAUGACGCCAUUAGACAGGUUAUUAGUUCCUGUAAAACUAUUUUGCCUAAGCAUACAUAUCAUCAAUGUGUGCCGAUAGUUAUGGAGUUCUGCAGGUUGUUGAAUAGGGCGGCGGGAACUGAUGACAAAUUAUAUGGUUUAUGUCGAAGCAGUUUGGGAACGAUGCUGGAGUAUAUUGAGAUUGGGGAAAAGAAUGGGGUAAUUGGGCUUCGUGAUAUAUUUCCUUUUGUUAGUGAAUUAGCAGCUAAGCUGUCCCAUGAUUUGGUGGUAAGUAUGGAGUCAACUACUUCUCCAGGGCCAUCAUUGGAUGACGUUACUGAUUUCUCUGCAUAUCUGGCACCUGCAAGGAGUGAGAUUAAGAAAGAUGUAGGAUUUUCUAGCCCAAUUGGAGUUCCCUUGAGUGAGGAGUGUUUUAAUGUGUCAGUGUGUUAUGCAGAUGAAAUUAUUCUUUUGCAUGGGAUUUUCAUUGAUUUACUAAGUAAAUUGGAGAAGUGUUUGGUGAAAAUUGAAGAGCUUGUUGACUUGGUAAUGCAACAGGAUGGUGAGGUGGUUAUGGUUGGUUGUUGCCAGUAUCUUGCUAUUUUGAAGGAACUUAAUAAAAUUUCACAACUUUAUUAUGGUUGCGAAGAGAUGUUUUGGGAGGUCAUGAAGCGGAGAAAGGGUGCUAUAUGUUAUCUUAUUGUCAGGUAUGCAAAGAGGAGUGAUGACCAUAAGUGGAUUCUUCAGUAUAAGGAAGUGACCAAUUUUGAGGCAAGGAGGCAUUUAGCAAUGAUGAUGCUUCCUGAGGUGAAGGAUGAGUAUGAUGAUCUGCAUGAAAUGCUCAUUGACCGUUCCCAUCUGUUGGCGGAAUCAUUUGAGUACAUUGCACGUGCAGAUGCAGAAUCACUGCGUGCUGGUUUGUUUAUGGAGUUCAAGAAUGAGGAGGCCACUGGUCCUGGUGUCUUGCGGGAGUGGUUUUUCUUGGUCUGCCAAGCAAUCUUCAACCCUGAAAAUGCCCUCUUUGUAGCUUGCCCUAAUGAUCGUAGAAGGUUCUUUCCAAAUCCAGCAUCUAAGGUGGAUCCUUUGCACCUUGAAUAUUUUAGCUUCUCUGGCAGGGUAAUUGCGUUAGCUUUGAUGCAUAAAGUACAAGUUGGCGUUGUAUUUGAUCGUGUGUUCUUUUCGCAAUUAGCUGGGCAUACUAUUACCUUGGAAGAUAUAAGGGAUGCAGAUCCCUUUCUAUAUAGUAGCUGCAAGCAAAUUUUGGAGAUGGAUUCUGAGGCUGUGGAUCAAGAUGCCUUAGGUUUAACUUUUGUUCAUGAAAUUGAGGAGCUGGGAACGAGGAAGGUUGUAGAGCUAUGCCCUGGUGGGAGAAGCAUGGUUGUAAAUAGUAAAAACAGGAGGCAGUAUGUUGAUUCUCUUAUUCAACACCGCUUUGUGAUAGCUAUUGCUGAACAGGUAGCCCAUUUUGCUCAAGGUUUUGCAGACAUUAUGAGUUGUAGACGGCUCCAGAGGUCUUUUUUCCAAUGCCUGGAUCCAGAAGAUCUUGACUGGAUGCUACAUGGCAGUGAAAGGGAAAUCUCUGUAGAUGAUUGGAAAGCACACACAGAGUAUCAUGGAUUCGUAGAAACUGAUGUUCAGAUAUCCUGGUUUUGGAAGAUUGUUGGGCGUAUGACGAGAGAGCAGAAAAAGGUUCUCCUCUUCUUCUGGACCUCAAUCAAAUAUUUACCUGUCGAAGGUUUCAGUGGUUUGGCCUCACGGCUUUACAUUUAUAGGACUUCCGAGUCCUUUGACCGUCUGCCUUCAUCUCAUACAUGCUUUUACCGAUUGUGUUUCCCUGCUUACCCUACCAUUACUGUCAUGCAAGAUCGUCUUCGUAUCAUUACUCAAGAGCAUGUAGGUUGCAGCUUUGGUACUUGGUAAAAAUCUCGGAUUUUGGGAUUGUGCACAUAGUAGAAUUGGUAUUAGUUUUGUAUAUAAAUAGAUGACUCUUUUGACUAUUUUGGCACUCGACUAUGAGCUGUCUCGCUUUCUUUGAUAAAGAUUGUAGUUACUAGUGCCCUCUUCAUAAACUGUUGAUAUGGGUACCUCAUGAUUAUAAGUUAAGUAUAUAGAGAGGCAAGAAGGGUGAAAAAUUCAGGUGCCUUGAAAUUGAAGAGUGGAUAUGGUUUCUCCUCUGUUCUUGUUCUAUUGUAAAUUGUAGUGUGCUUUUUGCACUAAAUUCGGAUAUUUUGGUAAAGCGCAGAUUGCCAAAUUCUUGCA